AUGGGGAUUGGGGAUGCGAGGGAAAUAAAAUGGGCCAAAUGCACAGCACCCGCACCAAGCACCGGGGAUCGAGGGAGACGAGCGAGGGAGUGUCGAGGGUCAGCGCCGGGCUAUGAGGGGACUGAGGCACUCUUGCAGGCGUCGACGCUCUAUAUACGAGAUGGAUGCGUACCACCUCGACGCCCUCGCCUCGCCCUCGUCCACAUAUCCGCCUGCUGCGCGUUCCAGUCUCAGUGCGCGCCGGGUGAAGCAGCACGUUUUGGUCUACACGUUUCACGCAUGGGCAGGCCCGCACCGUUUCUGAUAUUAUCACAACAGCUAGGCCGCAGACGGCGGCACGCCCGCCACCGCCUGCGCGGAAACACGAGCCCUGGGCACUGCUGUCUGGGGAUGUGA